AUGGAGAAGAUUGAGAAGGUUGAUUUUCGGGUAAAAGAGUACUUGGAGGAUGCUGGAAGGGAAAAAUGGGCUCGACUGUAUUCACCCGUUAACAGAGGAUGGACAAUGACGUCAAAUAUAGCCGAAUGUAUUAAUGGAAAAUUGGUAGCGACAAGAGAGUUGCACAUUUUCGAUUUUCUUGAAGAAGUGAGGAAGAUGUUUGGGAGGUGGAAUUGCACUAAUAGGAGGAAUGGUACAUACACAUUCACAACACUUGGGAAAGCAUUCCAGCAUUUAUUAACAAUAAACGAAUGUAAAUCUCUACGUAUGACGGUUGAACCAUCAGGCGAAUAUGUGUAUACCGUAAAUGAUGAGGCAAGGCGAUUCAUAAUUGAUCUUAAGAAGAAAACAUGCAGUUGUCGGAUGUUCCAAAUGGACGAGAUACCAUGUCCACAUGCAUGGGCUGUAUUGAAGAGUAAAAGUCUUAUGCCUGAUGAAUAUUGUUCAGACCUAUUCAAACCAAAGACGUGA